AUGCUGGAGGGCGCGAGCGGGGAGCAGGCGCCGCAGGAUUUCGACUACUCCACGCUGGAGGCGCUCAACGUCCCUGACACUCUCAAGCAGGUGGGCGGCGAGGAGUUCCUGGCGUACGACAGUGGAGCUGCGCCAGGGGGCAAGCGCAUCCAGGUGCGGGGCUGCGCGAAGAACUUCGACUUCCUGGCCGCGGCGGGCGUCUGGCUGGCAGACGGCGCGUUCCGCGCGGCGCCUGCCCCCUUCCUCCAAGUGCACACGGCGCACGGGUGCCCGGAAGGAUACGUCGCGCCUUGUCGUUGCAUCUUGCUGGAGGACAAGAAGAUGGCAACGUGCAAGCGCGCGUGGGAGGCCGUGCUCCAAUUGCUCUCCCCCGAGGACCCCGGGCCGACCCGUCUGCUCGAUUACGAGGAGGUUUCCUACCAGGCGGCCUCGGCCCGCGUGGUCGACCUGGGCUUGGGCAACAGGCGCGGCGGGAACGCUGAGUUUCGCCUGCGCGUCGGGAAGCUAUGCGCCCCCGCGUUCCUGCCCGUCGACUCCGCGGCGGACUGGUUCGAGACCCUGGCCGCCGAAUUCCCCAGCGAGGAGCUCGAGCUCGCGGCCAGGGUGCGAAAGGCCCCCGCGUUCCCCGCGGACAUCUGGAACGUUCGCCGUCGCACGCUCGACAAGAAGCCCCCCGCCACGAACGCGCCGGAAUUCUUCCACCGCCACCGCGCGGCGCAGUUCCACAAAGGCGCCCAUCCCACAUGCCCGGCCUUCAUCCUGAGUUCGCACAGGCAGCAGAGAAUCACCGGCCGGGACAUCACUGAUAUCGCCAUGGGGGGCGAGAAGAAACUGCGCGAGCCCACGCGGGUUUGCGGAGACAAGCAGUGCAAUUUGGUGAACAAGUAUGCGGGGGACACGGGCGGGAUCUCCCUCGCGACGCAGCUGGCGCACCUGGCCAUGAGCGAGGAGAACCUCAACACCCUGCUAGUGGGUAGUGUUGCUGGGGUGAUCCUGUUAGCCACCUUGGCCCAAGGCGCGGGUUGUUCGCCCUCGUGGUCUGACCAAUUCAACUACGUGAUGCGGUGCUUCUGCACCUGCUUGCUCUUCGCUGUACUCUCGGCAGUGGUGUCUUGUCGGCGCGCUGCACACUCGCUUGCCACAACUGAGCCGCGGCGCAUCAAUGCCGGGGAGGAUAUCAGCCAGAGUUUGUACGAGGCGGCGAUCGCGUUAAAGAGGGCAGUUUUGAAGCAAUCGCACGGGGACAGUCGCACACCUUUCGGUGAUUGUGGCCCCGCGUUCCAAGCUCUCCCAGUACUUGCUGCAGGUCCUGUGGCUCUGAAUGAGUUAGGGUUCUUGGCGAGCGGUGGGAUUUUUUGGGCGACUGACGAUGGCCAAACUCUCGUGAAGUCGAUCGACAAGGUGGAAGCCGACGAAUUAGCGCGGUGGCGCAGUGAACAUGUGGUCUCCAACGUGUAUCCGACUUGCGAUGCAUUCGCGUCCACCCUCUUGUUGCCUUAUCCUCUGCGCUUCGACGGUGCAGAUGGGCAGACCUGGGUGGCAAUGGAGAACGAGACCUGGCGCAUGGAGCGCACGGCUGGGCCUGGCUGGCGCGUGGGGGGGGUGUUUGACCUGAAGCCGCUGCCCAACCUGUCCAAGGGCCUCGCCGCGAUCCUCAAAGAGCUCAUCCAGGGCCUCCUCGCGGGCCUGCCGCACCUCGCGUCGUGGCAAGGCUGGGCGGCAGUCCGGGAGCAGCUCUCGCGCGACGCGGCCCUGCUCUCCAGCGCGGGGGUGGUAGACUUCUCGCUCUUCGCGCACCUGCUGCUCCCCACCGAGAACAAGGGGGCCGCCGACCCUGCGCUUGUGCCGCCGGCCCUGUCAGCGGCGAGUGGCUGCAUCGUUGCUCCCGAAGGGGAGGCCAUUCUGUGUCUCAAGGUCUUAGAUUAUCUGGGGUCGGUGGAUUUGAUGCCGUACUCCUUCUUCCGCAUGUUGGAAUCUAGUGUGAAGGGGCAAAAGUUUGACAAUUACAGCAGCAAGUUCUUACACGCGGUCGACUGCUUGGGAGACUUAGGGGCCCAGGGUUGCGAGAGUUACAACGAGUAUUUGAGCAUUUUGCAUGCCGGUUCAUCGGAGUUGAAGAACACGUUUAUCGGGACGAAGACCUUUGCAGAUGGAUACGAGUGUGAGGCGAAGUCGCCUUAUCUUGUGUACAAAGUCACGUACCCGCUUGCGCACCGAAAAGUUACCAGGACACACAAGGAGCCCCUGGACCUCUAUACUGAGUACGGAGCAAGGAUGGUUCCUGCCGUUCAACAAAGCAUUACAAGCAUGCUUGGAGAUACCUCGUACAACGGAACGGGAUUUUCCAACAAUUUGGCGAAGGCGGUGCGUGAGAUAGCGUCCCCAGAAAGUGGAGCUCGGGUCGUCGGUCCCGACUUCUAUGGCUUAUUGAACGUGUCUCACGAGCAAAGCAAGGCCUUUGCCGCCAGGGAUUCUGGCACUGGUUGGGCCUUGACACCUGGUGCUUUAGCACGCUGCGGCGCUGGGGUCAAGGACUUCGCGACGGCGGGGGCUUUCGGCUUCUGGCGCAAACAUACAGAUCUGGGGAAUGUGAUGUGGUCGCCGAGCUCUGAGCGCGUGAUCGUUGCGCGAGGCACCGCGUUGUCUGAUACGCAUGUAUUUGCAGUUCUGAAUAUGCGCGAACGGCUAUGUUUCCUUGACACGUUGUGGUUAAACUGCCGACCGAUCGAAAGCAGACGCGUCCAGUUCGACUACAAGACCUUCUUCGGACCUUUGGAGAUCCUGCUUGUCUCGCCGCGACAGUACAGCGGCCGUGACUUCCAGCUCUGGACCGACGGAGUAGCACAGGGCCAGAAAUGCUGCAGGGAGAAAGGACUGCUGAGGCCAUCGCAUGUGAGCCAAGACUGA